AACAGCGCCGCUCAGAAGCCGCCGAGCGCCACUGCGCAUGCGGAGCUCCGCGGCUUUUCUGGUCGUUUUUAGCUUUGCCCCCGCUGUUGUUCCAGGAGGGGACGCGCAUUUGAUCCCCGCCCGCCGCCGAUGUCUUCUUCAGCUGUGCGGGAGCAAUUCGGGUGGCUCGGCGUGUUGUUUUAGCUGGCGUAAAGAAGAAGGUGCUAAUGGCGACCCAAACACCUCUGCUGGUGAGCUCCGAGGUGUUUGCCGCUGCGACGCAAACCGGCCGGGCUUGAAAUGUUACACCUUCUCCCCGCUGCAGCUGGGCCGCAUCUGCAACGCCACUGCCGCCGCCGCCGGCGGAACAAUUGGCCGGCGCGCUCUCCCGCCACGUUAGAGCGGCGAGGAGUCCCCAUUAAUGUCUUCACAACGUUCACCUUUUUGAAAGGAUGAGGGAGACCCAUGUGGGCCCUGAGAGCACACACAGCGAGCAGUCAGAGCAGAUGUGGGAAUCUCUGCAGGGUACUGGGGGGUGAGAUGUUGGGAUGGGCCUUGUGGCCGAGCCUGUGGGCUAUGGUAAUUAGAUCUGGCCAAUGUGGGCCCUGGGCUCAGGCCUCAGGGGCAUAAAAGGGGGGCUCAGGGCAGCAGAGCCCUCACAUCACUCAGAGGUUGCCUCUCUGCCCCCCACUCCUCAAGCAUCCCUCGCAGCUUCCACGCCAUGGACGUCUUCUCGCCGUCGCAGCUCUACUACGACAGCGCCUGCGCUUCCUCCCCGGACCCCCUGGACUUCGGCGGCGAGCUGGCCGGCUCGGACGAGGACGAGCACGUCCGCGUCCCCGGCGCCCCGCACCAGCCGGGCCACUGCCUCCAGUGGGCCUGCAAGGCCUGCAAGCGCAAGUCCAGUUUCGUGGACCGCCGACGGGCCGCCACCAUGCGGGAGCGGCGGCGCCUGAAGAAGGUCAACCACGCCUUCGAGGCCCUGCGCCGCUGCACCUCGGCCAACCCAAGCCAGCGCUUGCCCAAGGUGGAGAUCCUGCGCAACGCCAUCCAGUACAUUGAAAGCCUGCAGGAGCUGCUGCGCGAGCAGGUGGAGAACUACUACAGCCUGCCAGGGGAGAGCGGAUCGGAACCGGGGAGCCCGUUGUCCAGCUGCUCUGACGGCAUGGCGGACAGCAACAGUCCAGUGUGGCAUCAGAUGAACUACAGCGGAUUCCCUUACACUAACAACGGAAGUAUGUUGGACAAAGCGGCGGUCGGCACGUCCAGCCUGCAGUGUCUCUCCAGCAUCGUGGAGCGUCUGUCCACGCCGGAGCUCGUCCCUCGGGCCGUGUCGUCGCCCGCAUGCUCAAACUCGCAGCCCUGCACGCCGGGCAGCCCCGGCGUCGGGCCCGUGUACCACGUCCUGUGAGGGGCACUUUUUGUACAGCACAUGAGAGUGUAAAUAUCCAAUGUAAAUGCUCAUUUAUUCACUGUCUGCUUAUACACACAUAUUUAAUGUCAUGUUCAUUAAAUAUUUCACUGUUUUGUAUCAUCAUCUACUUUCAAUUUUAUUUAGAAUUUAGUGGGCUCAGCAUGAACAUGAUCUUUUACUGAAAAAAAAAAGAGUUUAAAACGCGACUAAAUGAGACAAACAAGCGGCACAAAAAG